AUAUCAGAAUCCCCGCCCCCUCAGGUUGAACGCCACGCCUACUCGCUGAAACCGCGCCCCCACAGGCAAAGUCUCCUCUCCCAUUGGCUCCCACGCGUCAAGCCCCGCCCUCCCCUUCCCGGCAGCCUCCGCGGUCCAAGAUGGCGGCGCCGGAGACGCAGCGGGGCCGGGCCGGGUUGUCCCGGUGAUUCCCGGGGGAUCCCGGAGGGUCCCGGGACUUCCCGGGCACUUCCCGGUGCCGCGAUGGGCCCCGCGGUGCUGCUGGCGGUGCUGAGCGCGGUGCUGGGCGCGCUGCGCCCGGCAGCGACGGCGGCGGCGGCGGCCAUCGAGGAGCGGCCCGCGAGCCCCGCGGUGGCCACGCCGUGCUGGCGGGAGGAGCAGUUCGUGGUGGCCCAGGAAUGUGCCCGGUGCUCCGAAUUCCAGAUGGUGAGCGGGGCUGGGACCCCCCAACCGGGGGGCUGGGACCCCCCAACCGGGAGACUGGGACCCCCAACACCGGGGGGGGCUGCAAUUCCCACAGGAUCCAGAAUUCCCACAGGAUCCAGCCCGGAAUUCCCCUCAGAUCCAUCCCGGGACUCCCACAGGAUCACAGCUGAAAUUCCCACGGGAUCCAUCCCAGAAUUCCCCUGGGAUCAGGACUGGAAUUCCAGUGGGAUCCAGGCCAGAAUUCCCCACGGGAUCAGGGCCCGAAUUCCAAUGAGAUCCGUCCCGGAAUUCCCAUGGGAUCCAGCCUGGAAUUCCCAUGGCAUCAGGGCCCAAAUUCCAGUGAGAUCCAGGCCAGAAUUCCCAUGGGAUCAGGGCCGGAAUUCCAGUGGAAUCCAUUCCAGAAGUCCCCCGGGAUCCAUCUCAGAAUUCCCCGGGGAUCAGGGCCAGGAUUCCGGCGGGAUCCAUCCCGGAAUUCCCCGUGGGCUCGGGGCCGGAAUUCCGGCGGGAUCCAUGGCGGAAUUCCCGCUCUCUGCCCGCAGCUGCCGCUCGGCCGCGCUGGAGUCGCGGCGGUUCUGGCGCUUCGUGGGCUCGGCUCUGGCCGUGGCGGCGGCGGCGGCGGCGCUCGUGGUGCUCCGGCAGCGGGAGCUCGACCGCCGGGCCCGGGAGAAGGUCCGCAAGCAGAUCGAGUCCAUCUAGGCCCGGAGGGGCCGGGAAUCCCGCCGGGAAUCCUCUGGGAUCUGCGCCGGGAGCGGCCCCGGGGAGCAGCGUCGCGGGGGCCUCCCCCAGGGAUCCGGGAAGAGGGGUCCCCGGGAGCGGGAUUGGGAAUAAAUCCUGGUCCUUGUGCCCGGA